UUUAGUUUCCAAGAGAUGCCCAUUGGUGGAGCUGCUUUGGACUCGACUAGCGGUAUCCCUUUACCGAAAGAGACCCUUUCCGCGGCGAAGCAAUCUGACGCCGUUCUUCUAGGAGCAAUUGGAGGGAAUAAAUGGGAUUCAAAUGAAAAACAUCUGAAACCAGAGACCGGGUUGCUUCAGCUUAGAGAAGGCCUUAAAGUUUUUGCAAAUUUGAGACCGGCAACCUUUUUCCCACAGUUGGUGGACGCUUCGAGUUUGAAGAAAGAGGUUGCUGAAGGUGUUGAUGUAAUGGUUGUAAGAGAGCUCACAGGAGGUAUAUAUUUUGGAAAGCCAAGGGGAUUUAGAAAAAAUGAGAAUUAUGGCGAGGAGAUUGGAUUCGAUACUGAGGUGUAUGCCAAAUAUGAGAUUGAUCGCAUUGCCCGUGUUGCCUUUGAGACUGCCCGAAAAAGGCGGGGAAAACUUUGCAAUGUUGACAAAGCAGAUGUGUUGGAGGCUUCUAUGUUUUGGCGGAAAUGUGUCGUGGAAAUAUCCUCGGAAUAUCCUGAUGUUGAACUCUCACACAUGUACGCUGAUAAUGCUGCAAUGCAACUUGUUCGCUAUCCGAAACAGUUUGAUACAAUUGUAACAAACAACAUAUUUGGUGAUGUUUUAUCUGAUGUGGCUUCCGAGAUAACUGGAAGUAUUUGGAUGCUUCCAUCUGCUAGUCUUGGGGAAUCGGGACCAGGACUUUUUGAACCUAGACAUGGCUCCGCUCCUGAUAUUGCUGGACAGGAUAAGGCGAACCCAUUGGGGACACUGCUCUGUGCUGCUAUGCUUUUGAAGUAUGGACUAGGAGAAGAGAAUGCUGCUAAGAGAAUUAAGGAUGCUGUUCUGGACACCCUAAAUAGGGGGUUCCGAACAGACGACAUAAAAUCAUCUGGAACUAAGCUGGUAGGAUGCAAAGAAAUAGGUGAAGAGGUGUUGAAGUCGCUUGAGACCUAA